AUGAAGGCUGCAGAGACAGAAGUCCAUGAUGUGCACUUCUCUGUGGAUAAGCAGAACAUUGCCCUCUGGCCUCGAGAAUCACCUAAGCAAGAUCCACCUCUGGGCCCGAGGAAGCCUCUCACCAUCCGUGUGGUGUUGAUCUGCUUGUCGCUGGCUGUGGUCGCCUCCAUCGUGCUGCAGGCCGUUCUCUAUCCCUGGUUUAUGGGCACAAUCUCUGAUGUCAAGACCAAUGCUCAGUUGCUGAAAGGCCGUGUGGACAACAUCAGCACCCUGCCUUCUGAAGUCAAGAAGAACAGUGGUGGCGUGAAAGCAGCUGGCGUUCAGAUCCAGAUGGUGAACGCCAGCUUGGAUGGAGUGCAUUCUCAAAUCCUGAUACUGAAAGCCAGCGUGGAGACAGCCAAUGCCCAGAUCCAGAGUUUAAGAAAAAAGUGGGAGGAAGUCGAUCAUUUAAAUACCCAAAUACCAGAAUUAGAGAGAGAUUUGGACAAAGCCAGUGCUUUAAAUGGAAUGAUCCGGGCACUACAGAGCAGACUGGACAAUAUCAACAAAAUGCUCAGACGACAAAGUGACAUCCUGCAGAUGGUUUCUCAAGGCUGGAAAUUCUUCAGGGAGAACUUUUAUUACUUUUCUCACAACCCAAAGACCUGGUACAGUGCCGAGCAGUUCUGUAUGUCGCGGGAGUCACACCUGACUUCGGUUACCUCCCAGCAGGAGCAGGAGUUUCUAUAUAAGACAGUAAGUGGAGUGCCAAACUGGAUUGGCCUGACCAAGGCAGGCAGCGAAGGGAAAUGGCACUGGAUGGAUGAAACUCCAUUCAAGGAAAGCAUGAGCUUCUGGAUUCCAGGGGAGCCCAACAAUAUGGGGAACAGUGAACACUGUGUCAAUAUAAAGUUGUACUCGCUCCAGUCCUGGAACGAUGCUUCCUGUGACAUUAAGUUCUCUUUCAUCUGUAAGCGGCCCUACAUCCAGUCAUAA